AUGAGACGAGCAACGAACACCACAACACUGCCAAUCCUCUCGCCCCGACGCCGCUACUUUGACACUGCUUCUAUUUCUCCACACAACAAAGAAGCCGCAGCGAUGGACGGACAGGACACUGGCACUUUGCCCAAGCCCAAGCCCAAGCCAAAAAGGUUCAUUCCGGUGCCCCCGGAGUACCGUCGCCUCACUCAUGCUACAGAACGCGAGCUCAUCGUCAACAACAUCAAAAUCGACACAGGCUGCGAUGUCAUCCCCAAAUGGGACGCUGGGUAUAUCACUCAGUUCGCCAUUGCUGGACAAGGUGCAGGCCUUGAGAAAGCCGUCCGAUACAUUAACCACUGGAUCUCUAACGCGCAUAUCAAGUCAAAAGACUCAUCAUCAUGGGCGAAGACGCCUGCGUUCGAUCAUACCAAAUGGUACUACGACAGCAUUGAAGAGCGGGAGCGUCAGCGGAAGGACGAGUUCAAGGGCAAGGCGCCUGAGGUAUCAAAAGGCGAGAUGCCACUGGCGAGCAUCAUCGUGUGCUGGCCGGAGGACCUCCUCAACGAAGGCGUCACUCCUCGCGAUGUCUUCAACAACAAGCUAGAAGCGCUUAACGCCAUUCGGACUCAGAACGAGGUGUACAUAACGCUUCUUCCUACGCAGAACGACGUUUGGAAGAUUGAGAUACAAGGCGAGUCCACAUAUAUCUACUACAUGCGAUACACACUAACGUUUACAGCCCGCGACAUAGCGCGCAUUGAAGCGGCUGAAGCGCAUCUCAUGACGAUGAUCGACAAAGUCAAAGCUGAUGCUAUGGGACUGCAGCAUGUAAUCAACAUGAUUCUUGAUGACAAAGAGGGCUUGGAGGUUGUGCUGGACGAGGCUGACGCAUGGUGGCCGAACCUUCAAGACCGAGUCGUACCUCGCCUCCUCUCCAGUGGGAUAAUGGAAACCUCCGGCAGCUUCCGCGGUGAGAUUAUGCACUUCACGCAGCUAUCAAGGAUCCAGCAUUCAUUUCAGCUGGCGCUUGAAGCUGUGCGCCACACGAAAGGCGCGUACGAUAUGGCUAUUCGCCUAGGGUGCCUGGCUUUGAGCUCAAGACAUAUCAAGGAGGAUAAGAUUGGUCAGAAGUACGGGAAGGAAGUCUUCUUGAAGUCGAUUAACGGACCUGUUACACUUGAGAUAAAGAAGUGGCUUGCUGAUGAUGCACUGGGUUCGCAAAUUCUGGGAGCACUCUGCAUGGCCGAUAAAUUCCUGGAGCCGACAAAGUCUUCUGCCUACUUCGGUUAUACGCCAAAAUCGCUGCAAGGCACUCGUCCAAUGUUCCGAGGAACAUGGGUGUUCACAGACCCCAGCAGCGUUGUUGCUCCACCGCGUGAGCCGAUAGCUGUGCGCCAUGCUGGACGUCCUAAAGCGCCUCCCCAAGCUCCUGCUAGUACAACCACUCCAUCCGCAGCGCCGCAGUCCGAACUCAUCGUUGUUCAGGUCGACUGGACUGAUGACGAAGAGGGCUUGUACGAGAAGACAACAACACGGUUCUACAAAAUCGACCAGGGUCGUAAAACACCAAGGAAGAACAUGGAUAUCAAUCUGCUGGAGCUUGGAGAGAGCCGAGGAUGGCACUUCGCUCUUGAGUCCUUGAUUCCUGUGGCAGCGAAGAGCAUCUCGCCUGUCAUUACUGGCUUCGCUGAUCGAGUCAAGAUGAGACCCAACCACGAUUAUCGUUCCACCGAAAGCUUCGCUGAGUGGGAUCAGACACCUACCGUCAAGAAGCACCUACGAAACGGUCGUCUGGAAACUAUCUACUCUUUCGGCAUCAAGCAGACCUGCUACAAAGUUGAGGCUACUUGUAUGUGGUACCCAGGCCAGAGGCUUCCCGUCUGGGGUCUCUGUGUCCGCCACUCUGAAUGGGCUACCCAUCUUGCGGAACUUGAGCGUCUCCCUGUGGGUCGGAAGGCCGACUGGGGUCACACUGUGGCUACCUUCCUGCCAGAUGACGGCCAGUCUUGCUACUCCAGCGCGGUCGAGGACGAGGACUUCGGAAUGAGGAACCUCGAUCUGGGCCCUGGCGUUGAAGCACCACCACGCGAUGGUAUCCGCAUCCUCAUGGACAAGCUGCUUCAGCUAUCAGCCAUCGUUAGCUCGAUCACAAACAGUGGAGGUGUGGCUAUCUGA